UGGAAGCCAAACUUUGACAGAAUCUCUAGGACACUGCUGACGUGAGCAUGCAACUCUGAUGACCUGACACUUGUGCCGUCCUUAACAAACAAAGCAAAAGCCAAGUCCUGGAACGCCGUUGUCAUCAACAUGGCAGACUCCAGGGAUGUUACAGGUGGGCCUGGACCACCAGAGCAAUCCCAGAAUAGAUCAAAAGAGAAGAAGCGAAGACAUGGGCAUUCCAGUGGUUCCAGAGUUAACACCAAAGACGGUGAAAGUGGGUAUUCGGAAAAUCGAGGAAAAACGGAGCGGGUGAAAUCAAAGGAGGCGGGGAGUGAGCCGAUUUCAAAGUGCGAGAAAGCGGUGGAUUCAGUCGGUAGUGGUGAGAAGAAAGGUCGGACUCGGAGGAAUCCUGAGGAGGAGGUGCCAAGGAAUGGGGCGGGUGACUGCACGAGUGGUGAUCAGGAUGUGGACAAUGCUCGCGACGAAACGAUUCAGGAACGCGAGAGACUCGGUCGGGAAGCAGAGGCGGACCGACGCACGAAUAUAUCCGUGCAGGGAGAGAUUGAACAGCAGAACAGCGCGGAUCGUAAGGGUGGCAAUAAUCAGACGAAUACGGAACACGGGAAAAAUAAGUCUGAGCCGGACUCGGAAAAUAUUGGCAAAGAGCGUCCUGUAAGCGGACAGACUGCGGCGAGAAAUCAGAAAGAAAAGUUAGUCAAGGAACACACGAGGAGUUAUUCUGAUGGCGGGGCGGUGUUUGUGAGCCCGCGUCGUCAGCGCAGCGAUUCCAACGGACAGCAUAGCGAUCAGGGCAUUUAUGAUAAUGAGCAUGCCGAGGUUGUGUUAUCGCGAUUGCGGUCGCUGAAGUACGAUCGUCAGGGAAGCCGCGCCGAUUUUCCACCGCGGUUACUGGUGGUUUCAAGUAAGAUAAAGAACAUUAUGUCUCUACAGAAUGCCCUACUGCCUCAAGUGACGUUUUUGCAAUAUAAGUUCGAGACAUCGACUUUUGAUGGUUUGAUAGGUUUAAUAGGCCAAUUCCUGCUCAAUAAGAAGUUUCACAGUGUUGCCUUAGUUCUCCAUGGCCCGGUGGGCGUGAUACAGUUGUGUGGGAAAGAGGAAAAGCCGCUCAAUAAAGAUACCGUCCUUGACCACGCAGGUAUUCGUGGCUUCUUCUCCAAACUCUUCAGUCUCCAUGGCAAUAAGGAGGCAGCGAACCUCCGCCUCGACUUCUUGGCAUGUAACGCCGCUCAGGGACAAGAUGGCGGACAGGGCAUCGUCAACGAGCUGGAGGCUCUGCUGGGGGUGUCGGUUGGUUUGUCUCGAGACAUUGUCGGAGCAGAGCUGGUCAAAGACCCGUCCUCAAAAAGUACGGUUGGGGAGCUCUACUUCCGUCUUGAGUGUCUCCGUGGAUGGAGCGGACAUUACCAGCAGUCAAUGGCCGGCUUUGAGAAGAUCAGAACCGUUGGGAAAGGGGCAUAUGGUGCGGCCGUCCUCUACCGGAAACGUGACGACGACUCCCUGGUCAUACUCAAAGAAAUCAACAUGCACGACUUGAAUGCAGCAGAGAGACAACUUGCUCUUAACGAGGUGAAAGUUCUCGCCAUCUUAGACCACCCGAACAUCAUCAGUUAUUACGAUAGUUUUGAAGAAGACGGCGUCCUGAUGAUUGAAAUGGAGUAUGCAAAUGGAGGGACGCUAGCUCAAUACCUCUCUCAUAGGGACGCUCCACUGGACGAGAAGGAAAUACUAGAAAUCUUCCAACAGAUGGUGGCAGCCAUUCGUCACAUUCACGAACAUAACAUACUACACAGGGAUAUGAAAACGGCCAACAUCUUUCUGACAAAAGAGGGCGUUGUUAAAGUCGGCGACUUUGGAAUCUCAAAGAUAAUGUCAACUGCUGAUAAAGGAGCGAAUACAGUGCUGGGAAUGCCUUAUUAUAUCAGCCCCGAAAUGUGCGAAGGCAAGGAGUACAAUGAUAAGUCAGACAUCUGGGCACUCGGCUGCAUUCUGUAUGAAAUGGCUUGUUUACAGAAGACGUUCGAGGGGUCAAAUCUGCCCGCCCUGGUCAAUAAAAUUAUGAAGGGCCAGUUUGCCCCAGUGAAAGGAAACUAUUCAGAAGAUUUCAAGAACCUGAUAAAGGACAUGUUAGAACGUGAGCCUGAAUACCGACCGUCUGCCAAUGAACUCAUGUAUCGACGGUUGCCAGAGAAAAUGUCUACGACUCCUCAACAAAGGAAGAUUUAUAAGUUCCCUAUGGUGAAGGAUGUAGCGCUUCUAAAAGAGAUUGUAGCCAUCAACCCUUUCUCUGAACCGUCAAAGUGGAAAGAAGUGCUUCAGAACUUUAAUUUUUAUUUCACCGGGGAGGGACAAGAAAAAAAGGAUGCAACUGAAAGAGGCAUUGUCGAUCGAUUUGCUGUUCUCCUCACAAAAUUCAAGAAGGAUGAACUUACAUCUGUCAGAGUGAAACUGUCCAGGAGGAGGAAGCAGGUGAAAACCUGAUAUUAGUCAUAAUCAGAGGCAGGCUGCAUCUGAAAGACCUCGUCCCCAAUCACGACCUCGCAUCCGACUUCAACUUCAUCGAAGUUGAAGAUCAAGAAGUGAUACCAGAAUUGAAGCACCAUUACAAGACAAUGGGCGUAGUGGGCCUGAAUUACCGGUAGACGAUUUCCUUCCUGAUCUUGGUGGAGAUGUUGAUGCACCUGAUUCUGAGGUGUCCACUCAGGCAUCUAGACGCCAGGAAAGCUCUAUCCCCACUGCUACGACUUCUGGUCAGACAUCUAGAUCUAGACGUCAAGCAAGCUCCCUCUUCACUGAUACUAAUAGUUCAACCAUGGACCUUGCUGCUUGCACUCCAGCUGGAGGCGAAGUAGUGCUGGAGAUGAGAGAUUUUGCCGGUGGCCCAGACAUAGAGAUGGAUGACACUGUUGUGAUAGCUGAACAGUUAUGGAAUUGAGAAUACCUCAUUUUUUGGCCCACCUCACCAUCCAAGAACAGCAACAGAAAACGUUCGUGUUAUUCAAGAUAUGGAAUAUAUGGAAAGUAUGAUUGUAGAUGGUGAAAAGGCCAAUUGAAGAAGGGUUGCUCGCCUAAACCUCCAGAUUGCACGCACUGAAAGGAGGGCAAGGAGAAGAACUACGUCAGCUGACAGAAAAGAGGCUUGCAGAACUGGGCCCAGAACCAGAUGAGGAGGGAUGUAUCCAGGUGAAAUUUGUGUGCCCUGAAACGAAUUUAACGAGGCGAUUCCGGGAAACGGAUACUGUCCUGAGCUUGUUCUAUUUUGUUGAGGGAACGACCAAGGUUCAGGGCUGUGAACUUAUGUUAGCUGGCGAAAAGCUGAAGCGGGAUCAACUCUCCCUGAAGGAGGUUGGGAGAACAUCAAAUACCACACUGCACAUAAAAGAUAUGAUGAUCGCCAAUUGUCUUCAGAUGUCAUUCAUCUUAUUCUAGGAUCUGGAAUCUUUGGAUGAUGUGGAAAUGAACAAAAAUGAAGAGGAGAUUGAAUCUACUGCUACUGGUUCAGUUUGCACAAAAACCUGUCUUGGAGAUCUACAAAGUGCAGCUAUGGAGAUAAAAACCUUCAUUCGAGUUGGUGUGGAGAAGAACAUGUUCAUCAGCCGUGAGUCGAUCUUAAACCUGAUGGACUAUUAUAGGAGUGAUGACCAACUGACUUUCCAUCGAAUCAAUGUGACGUUCGAAGGAGAAAACAUUGCAGAGGAUAUGGAUGGCUUGUCCUGAGAGAUGUUGACGUGUUUUCUCAAGGCUGCCCUCUCAAAGUAUUUUGAGGGGAGUGAUGCUAAGGGCCCAAAAGUGGACCAUGAUGUGAUGGACACUGAUGUUUUCUCCAUCAUUGGGAAAAUCAUCAGCCACGCUUACGUGUUGUUGGGGUACUUCCCAAUGAGCCUAUGCAAGGCAUCAUUGUGUGCCCUGUUUGACCCGAAUGUGGACUCGGAGAUGAUCACAAGUUCUUUCUUAAAGCUCUUGCCUCCUCUUGAGAGAGACUUUAUUAAUGCAACACUCGAAGAUCCGAUCACGCUCAAGGUGAAUGCAAACAGAUUGCGAUGCAUGUUAAUAUUUCCCAUCGGCACUAAAUAAUAUUUUUUUCUUUUGCCAAAAGGAAGAGUAAAAGAUUUUCACCAAAAUGUGUUGCAACAAUGGUAAGAUAAUAGGAGAUGACAUGGUGUUUAACUCCAAUAUUCCCUUCAUAAUAUGGCUAAAAGUCAAAUAUGAGAGUUAAUAAACACCAUGUAUAAUCUGCUUAUAUCUAAUUACUGUUGGAAAUCAAAUUGAUUAUGAUCAUUUACUUUUCCUUUUGACCAUGUGGACAAACAAACAAAGUGAUUUUUUAGUGCAAAUGACACAUUUAAACAUGUUAAAUGAGUAAAAAUGGGAGGAUUAACUUAAGAGAAAUGCAUGUAUACAAUGUAUGGGAAAAUGUACAUGAAAUGGAAAAAUGCAGUUUUCUCAAAAUUU